GAGGCGCUGCAAUUGCGGCUGACAAAGCAGGUUGCUCUCUGGCCUUCGCCGCCAGUCGCGCAGGCCGGGACGCAGAGGAGGGGCCAGCAAAGUGAAAGGGAAAUCCGACGCCGAGCGCGUCCCCAAGACACAGGAGGCGGCGGCGGCGGCGAGAGGGUCUCCAGCCGGCUCUCCAUGAAGCUGUGGCCGUGGCUCUUCUCGUGCUUGCUUCCGUCCCUCGCGGAUGGCGCCUGCCCCGAGCCCGCCGAGGCAGGAGAAGGCGGCAGCGACAACCCAAAGCUCCCUUUUCCCCGCCCCAGUCCCGGAGGCAGCGCGGGGAAGAAGGAAGCUGCCCUGCGGGAAACUGUUAAGAGAAUUAAGCAUUUGAAUUCAUUAUCCUCCAGUGACAACAUUACUGCUUUUUAUGGAAUAAAUCAGUUUUCCCACUUGUAUCCUGAAGAAUUUAAAGCCACUUAUUUGCAAUGUAGACCUUUUAAAGUUCCCAAAUAUACUCCAGGAGUUAGACUACAGGGAACAGAAACACCCUUACCAGCAAAGUUUGAUUGGAGGGACCAGAAUGUUGUUACACAAGUGAGAAAUCAAGGAACAUGUGGUGCCUGUUGGGCUUUCAGUGUUGUCAGUGGAAUAGAGUCUGUCUAUGCAAUUAAAGGGAAAGUUUUGGAAGAACUCAGUGUACAACAGGUCAUUGACUGUUCUGAGCACAAUUAUGGUUGCCAGGGUGGCUCGACUGUUGGUGCUCUGAAUUGGCUGAAUCAGACACGUUUGAAACUGGUGAGAGAUUCAGAGUAUCCUUUUAAAGCUCAAGCAGGAUGGUGCCAUUACUUCAGUCCCUCAGUUUUCGGAGUCUCGAUCAAAGAUUAUGUUGCACAUGAUUUCAGUGGCCGGGAAGAUGAAAUGAUGAAGAUGCUGGUUGAACAGGGUCCUUUAGUAGUGAUUGUCGAUGCGAUUAGCUGGCAAGAUUACCUCGGUGGUAUCAUACAGUAUCAUUGUUCCAGUGGAGAAGCAAAUCAUGCUGUUGUCAUUACUGGUUUUGAUAGGACAGGUAUCAUUCCCUAUUGGAUUGUACGGAACUCCUGGGGAUGUUCAUGGGGAAUAGACGGCUAUGCUCAUGUUAAAAUAGGUUCCAAUAUAUGUGGGAUUGCUGAUGAAGUUUCUGCUGUGUCUGUGUGAAAUGGCUGCUCUAGAUAAAAGACCUGUGGAUAUUUCAAUUGCUACUGUAUACAAUAUAAGAGCAUUUUAUUUUUAAGAAGGGACUUUAUUUGUGGACACUGAGACCAUAAGAAAUUUUAGAUUCUGGAAGUAGUAUUCUCUUCCAACCAGUGACAUAGACAUUUGCAUUUAGGAACUAAAAGCAGCCCUUAAGUGGACAGACAAUAUGCACUAGGCCCAUAAAUUAUGCAGAAGAAGGGUAUUUUAUAUUACCAGUUCUAGUAUUACGUUUUAAAAUCUUGAUCAUUCUCAGGCAUAUCAGAAUACGUUUUAGAGUUUCAAGCUGCUAUGCCACAAUAAUACCGUAUUUCUUCGAUUGUAAGACGCCAUCGAUUGUAAGACGCACACUAAUUUCAAUGUGUACACCAACAGAAAAAAGCUUUGAUUCUAAGAAUAAUAAUCACACCUGCGAUUCUAAGACACACCCCAUUUUAGAGAUGUUUAUAUGGGGGGAAAAGUGUGUCUUAGAAUCGAAGAAAUACGGUAGAUAGCUGUCUUUGUAUCUGGGAAAACUGCGUUCAUCUGUUACCAUGUAGUUGUCAUGUAGCCUGAGACAAAUCACGCUCUGUGGGCUCAUCUACACCUGCAGACCUUUGGGGAGUGGGGAGGGACAAUCAUGGAGUUUUCCACUUCUGGGAUCAUCCCUCAGGAGCCACAUGUCAGCGAGUUGUCCCGGAAGUAAAGAGUGGUGUUUCGGGGCGCCAUUUUUUAAAAAAAGAGGAGUCAUUUGCACAAUUACAUGGGUGUGAUCCUGCAGGAAGGUAAGGUGUGUUUUUUUAAAAAAACACACACAAACCCAACAACAGCACACUCAGCACUGGAAGAUGCCGAGGGCCAUCCCAAAGAUGCUGAAAAUGCUCUCCCCUGAUGCCCACAGACUCCCUCUCUGCCCCCUGCACAACUCUGUGCCCAUUUCCUGAGCCAUGCUACUUGUGUAGAAGAGCGAGAAUCCCAGGAGGGAGAGCCACACCACCUGCAGAGCUCAGGAUGGUCCCAAGAUGGUGGAAAAAACCAGUCCCAGCUAUCAUGGGAGAACUGAGUGCUCAUCCGCGGUUCACCCCGGGAUCAGCUGUGCGUCAUUUGGACAUGCAGGGACGACCUCGUUACCAUCCCGGGAUAAAUGGCAAGUGUAGAAUAGGCCUGUGUUUCAGUUCCUUAUCUGUAAAAUGGUAAUAACAAUCACCCAUUUCCUAAGGUGGCUGUAGAGGUGAAGCACAAUUAAGUUUGCAAUCCAGUGCCUACUUAACAGGGAAUAAGUCCCAUUGAACUCAAUGGUACUUUCAAGUCAACAUGUUCAGGUUUGUGCUGUUAUGUUUGCAAGCCACUUUCCAAAUUAAACUUACAAUUACGAACAGUUUGAAUGUUUAGGGUUCAUCUCUCUCCAUCCCUUGUUUUGUGUAAUUAUAUUGGUGUAUUAGCAACAACAACAAAAAGUGGUCUUUAAAACAAUGUUUAAUUCCUUUGACUGAUUUGGUCUAGAUAUACUGUUAUGUAUGUGAAUUAUUUUUGAUUGUAUAUUACUCUCAUUACUAAUGGGGUCCUAAUUCAAUGUAUUGACUGGUUUAAUAUGUACAAAUUUGAAUAACAGUUACGUUACUGGUUUUUUAUUCCUUUGAUGGUCGCCUGUUGUGGUUCUUUUGGUUCAUAUUAACUCCACCAUUGCCUUGCAUUUAUUUGUUAGCAGUGGUUUGGACAGUGUAAACCAACCUUUUGAGAACCCUCUCCAACUUGGUGGACUCCAGCUAUGUUGGACUACAACUUCUAGCCAGCAGGGCCUUGGCCAGACGCAUGAGGAAUGAUAGAAGUUGUAGUCCAACACAUCUGGAGGUCACCAAGAUGGGGAAGUCUGCUCUAGAGGCAUCCCUCAGUAGCUGUGUUCUCUCUUCCAUUUCUGUUCUAGUCCUUCUGUGCUCUCUUGGAACAUGACAUCACUUUUUCUGUUCAGUAUAUGUUGCUACAGGGCUGCUCUAAUCUUCUGUUUUUCUCCACAUUGUGAGCUUGGACCAAACAGGCGGAAUUUCUACUUAUAAUUGGCAUUAUCAGGAAUGUUGUUCCCUCUCUUUGGCUGCUCCUUUGAAAUGUUUACAAUUAACCCUUGAUAACAGAAAGUCAAUCUAUCUAAUAGUGGAAACGGUGAUAUUUUAAAUAACAGUUUUGAUUAAACCAUGUCUAAUUAUAAGAAUGUUUUAUAUACUCAAAUUGGUAUCUCAAUUUUUAUAAUAAAGAUGAGUGGGAAAACAUCUAUUAGCAUCUACAAUAAAAAGUCUGUCAUCUCUUUUUAUACCA